AAAAAAAAAAAACCUUUAAGUGCUAUUACUUGUGUUUGCUCCAUGAAAGUCAUAGUCAAGACUAUAAUACUUAUAAAUACUUAUGUCCAAAACAUGCGAAAACUCCAAAAAAAGUUUAAAAAAGUUUUUUUUCCUUGGCUUAUAUUGUAAGUAUAAUAAAAAUAAAAAAAAAAGAAAAACAAACAUUUAACUUUUAUUCUAUGUUUUCAAUUUUAAUUAUUGUCAGGAAGACAGGAUUACACAUAAAUAGAAUUACAUUUAGGUGUGUCGUGUUUAUUUAUCAACUAAAACACUAGUAACUCAUACGGUUACAAUGAAAAUUUCAUUUAAAAAAUUACUCAACUUCCGGUUCAGUUGUAUUAAGCCUUCUCCUAAAUGAUUCCCCUUUUUUCUCUGUAAUUUUAUGUCUAUACACUUUCUUUUUGUGAGUCGGAAUUAGGGGGGAAAUAUUUUGUUUUCUAUUGUAAUUUGUAUUAUGAAUGGAUACACGGAAGCCUGCGCCUGUGAGCUCGUCACAUGACUGGUUUCCUGUCAGAGCAGUAAAUAUCAGGCGAGCUAGCACCUACAGGCUAAUAGGCUACUCCCUGUAUCAGCAGAAUAGACAAUGUUUUACCAGUCGUUAUUUAACUUAGCCGGUUGACAGUCCAGCGUGGGUUGGGUGUUUGCUGCGUAUCGAUAAGCGAUGAACCGACAGUUUUAUACAGUGUUAUAAAGGAGACUCAUCCAUUAAAUCAAAUCUGUGGUGACUUAGCUCAGCUAGCUUCACAGGUUAGCCUAACGCUAGCAGGCUGAGUUAGCGUCUGAAGGAGGCUUCGUUGCCAGUGACUAUGCAAGGGGAAACCACGGCGAUACGGAUCACGGAAAACGAAGGCAAGCUGGAUGUAUUGCCCCAGAACAGGACCCCAAGCUCGGGGAGAGCAAGUGCCAAAAGCUGGCAGUACAGUGACCACAUGGAGAAUAUUGAUGGCUACUUGAUGAAAUACACCAACCUUGUAACAGGGUGGCAGUACAGGUUCUUUGUCUUAAACAAUGAGGCGGGCUUGUUGGAGUACUUUGUCAAUGAGCAGUCGCGGCCCCAGAAGCCCCGUGGCAUGCUUCCCCUGGCAGGGGCUGUCAUCUCCCCCAGUGACGAGGACUCGCAUACCUUCACUGUCAAUGCCAUCAGCGGGGAGCAGUACAAGCUUAGGGCCACCGAUGCCAAAGAGAGGCAGCACUGGGUGAGCCGACUGCAGAUCUGCACACAGCACCACACAGAGGCCAUGGGGAAGAGUAACCCCCCACCCAAGUCCCGGAGCUACUCCAUGGCGUCUCAAGGCAGCGGCAGCUCACCCAUGUCCCUGCGCCGGCCCAGCCAAAACCCUGCCUCCUUAUUCAGCUGGUCGCAGGUCAACAAGGGCUCGUCACUCUACUCCAGCAAGAGGUCCCUGCUGCCAGACCACCUGAUGGAUGCCAGAGAGAUGAUGACCCAGGCCCAGGGCCAACACAGAGACCUGAUCCAGAGCAUCGAGGGCCUACCUGCAGCCCCCGGCCUCUCCCCUCUGGACCAGGAUCUGCUGAUGCUUAAGGCCACGUCCAUGGCCACCAUGAACUGCCUCAACGAGUGCCUGCACAUCCUGCACCUGCAGCAGGUGGCCAGGCAGAGAGGUUCCCUGGGAGGACCCACCAUCGAGUGGCUGGAGCCCAAGCUGCCCGACAUCCUGAAGAAUGGCAGCAGCUCCCUGGGCAGCUUCACAACAGGGGAGGGCCUGCUGGAGGGGAGCCGUCUGGAGCUCAGCAGCCCCGAGUCCUGCAGCUUCUCUGGGGAACAGGAAGACAUUGAUGCAGAGGAUGAGGCAGAGGACUCCUUUACCGACAAGGAGGAGGACCUGGGUGCUGUUGAGGAGGAGCGCAGCGUCAUCCUACACCUGCUGUCCCAACUAAAGCUGGGCAUGGACCUCACACGGGUUGUUCUCCCCACCUUUAUCCUAGAGAAACGUUCUCUGCUGGAGAUGUAUGCCGACUUCAUGUCACACCCGGACCUCUUUGUGACCAUCACCGACGGCAGCAGCCCGGAGGACCGCAUGGUCCGGUUUGUGGAGUACUACCUCACCUCCUUCCACGAGGGCCGCAAGGGCGCCAUCGCCAAGAAGCCCUACAACCCCAUCAUCGGUGAGACCUUCCACUGCUCCUGGAAAGUACCCAGGAAAGCAGAGGAGCCCUCACAGGGAAGCGCCGAGCCGGCCACCUCCCAGGACCCCUACCAAGUGCGCUUUGUGGCGGAGCAGGUGUCCCACCACCCUCCCGUGUCUGGCUUCUAUGCUGAAUGCCAGGAAAGGCGGAUGUGUGUGAACACACAUGUGUGGACCAAGAGCAAGUUCAUGGGAAUGUCCAUUGGUGUAUCCAUGAUAGGGGAAGGUUGUCUAUAUUUGCUGGAGCAUGAUGAAGAGUACACUUUCACGCUGCCUUGUGCAUAUGCACGCUCCAUCCUCACUGUUCCCUGGGUGGAACUGGGCGGCAAAGUCACUAUCAACUGCGCCAAGUCGGGCUACUUGGCGGUCAUCACCUUCCAGACGAAACCAUUUUAUGGUGGCAAAUUACACAAGGUAACAGCGGAGGUGAAGCACAACACCACCAACGCAGUGGUGUGUCGUGUGCAGGGCGAGUGGAACGGUGUCCUGGAGUUCAGCUACACCAGCGGAGAGACGAGGGUGGUCGACGUCACCAAGCUGCCUGUUACGAGGAAGUGCGUUCGGCCGGUUGAGAAGCAGGGACCGACUGAAUCCAGGCGCCUGUGGCAGCAUGUGACGGAGUCCUUACGGCAGAAGGACAUUGAAAAAGCCACGGAGCACAAGAGGAUUCUGGAGGAAAGGCAGAGGACAGAGGAGAGGCACCGGGCUGAGACUGUAACUGCUUGGAGGACCAGAUAUUUUGACAGAGAGGGUGAAGGCUGGGUCUAUCACAAACCACUUUGGAAAAACUCUGCAUUCAAAUCCUAGUUCCCACCGUCUGUAUCUUGGAUGUUGAUAUUGUAGAUUCAGCAAUGUGUGUGUGAGAGUGUCUGUGUGAGCACACACACACACAGUUAUGAAAUGAGAGCAUGACCCGCACUGACGUACAGAUGAAUGCAACAUGGGGGAGAAGGACAGAGAGACAACAUGACUGAAGGUGUUCUCAAAUGAUUCUCAUGAUUUUCACGAAGCCUCCAAGUACAAGCUUUUGUACUGCUGAUCAGUUUUUUUUGUUUUUUUUUAUAAUCCAAUGUCAAUGAAAACAUAUUCUUGUGCAGGUAAUGGUACUAUAUUUACACAGCCUUAAGAUAGUCUGAUCAAUGUUUGGGGAUACGCUGAUCAACCUGGAUACGGUUCAUUUCUUCUUCUUCACACUAAGGUCAAUAACUUUUGAGGAGUACAUUCUGAAAGUAAGAUAUCCAACGUAACAAAAAAUUGGAAUACUGCCUGAUAAAUGUAAUGCUGUGAAAAUGUUGUAAAUUGGAUGUAAUGUACUGAAAUGCAAAGUUGCUCUAUAUGAUCUUCAUCUGUGUUGGAGCGCCUGAAAGCUUUGCUUCAAAUCGAAGUAUUUCCCACAUUAAACAUCAAGAUAAGCAA